CGUCUGACGUACCGAUGGUGACGUUUAUAAUAGGCGACAACCAUAGUCUGUAGAGCUGCUAACAUAUGUUUUAAAAUGUCUAUUAAACUCGUUUUGUAACUAUAACAAAACUUCAUUUUGUGUCCAGGUGUUACUGCUCUAUGGCUCUAGCUGAGAAGACGGGAUGCCCUACCACUGUGUGGCCUAUGGAUGUGGCAAAACUGCAGAGGAUGGUGUUACGCUGUUCAAAUUUCCCAAGGAUUCAGAGGAGUUUAGGAAGUGGGAGAAGCAGGUCCAACGCACACGCAGCCAGUGGUUCGCCACUCCGAGCUCUCACCUCUGCAAUGAGCAUUUUGGCAAAGAGUACUUUGAAACCAAGUCACCCUGUGGUUCCUUGAAGCUGAGGCCAGGAGCAGCUCCCACAGUUUUUGUCCGACCGCACUGUUCCUCCUGCAAUGGCGUUGGCUGUAGUAAAUGUCUACCUGCUAUUCAGUGCCGAGGCAUUACAUCUGAGCCAAAAGAGCACAGCGUACCUUCAGAAUUCAGUGAAACGGCACCUUUACAGUUUGACGAUGCUAACGUAGACGUUGACGCGGAACGGCCAGUCAUAUGUGAAAUGUGUGGUACCAAAGGGAAUGUUAGCACUUUCUUUUCAAAGAGCAAGCGUUUCUGCAGCAUAUCCUGUUCACGCUCCUUUUCAUCAAACUCCAAGAAGUCCUCCAUACUGGCACGUCUGCAGGGAAAACCUCCAACAAAAAAAGCCAUAGUCCUGAACAAGGUGCAGAAAGCUCCUACAGCUCAUUCCUCAAUGGAUGGUGAGGCUCUGAUCUGUGGUCAAACCCCACAUCAACAAAAAAUUAACUGUAUUUAUUUACAUCUUGCUGUAAGUAUGAUUUCUGUUGGAUUUUUUUUUUUUUUUUUUUUUUUUACAGGAUUUGAAUGGGGGGCCUAUUUGGACAAAGAAACAUCUCUUGCUGUGUCUGUCUCUUGCUUCAGACAUGCUCCUCUGUGUGCCCAGUGGGAUGAUAUCGCCGUUGGGAUAAAGGUGGAGGUCCUGAACACUAAUGCGGUCCUUCCCAGUAAAGUCUACUGGAUCGCCACUGUCAUCCAGAUCUCGGGAUACAAAGCCCUUUUGAGAUAUGAAGGCUUUGAGCAUGACAGCAGCAAAGACUUCUGGUGCAGCCUUGUUUCAGGAGAGCUGCAUCCGAUUGGAUGGUGUGCUAUGACGAGCAAGCUCCUAGUUCCACCACAAGAUGUCACCCAGAACAUUCCAGACUGGAAAGAGUAUCUGAUGAAGAGGUUGGUGGGCGCCCACACCUUACCUGUUGACUUCUACCUGAAGUUGGCUGAAAGCAUGAAGUACCCUUUCAAAGUCGGCAUGCGUGUUGAGGUGGUCGAUCCCAAAUUUGUGAGCCGGACCCGUGUGGCCUUUGUAGACUCCAUUAUUGGUGGCCGUCUGCGACUAGUGUAUGCAGAUCAAAGCGAUGCUACCGAGAAUGCUAUCCCUGACUUCUGGUGUCACAUGUGGAGUCCUAUCAUUCACCCAACAGGCUGGUCCACCAGGGUGGGUCACUCCAUCAAAGCACCAGCAAAUGGUUUGGAAGCUCCUGCAGCCAUGAAGGGUUACUCUGACAAUACCUCAGCGCUCUUUAAAAAGCCCAGAAUUGUCUACAUGAAUGGCUGUUUCUUUGAAAACGGAAUGAAACUUGAGGCCAUUGACCCUCUCAAUCUGGGAAGCAUCUGUGUGGCCACAGUACAUGAGGUGCUGUUAGAUGGAUACCUAAUGGUUGGUAUUGAUGGCACGAUCUCUAACAAAGGCUCUGACUGGUUUUGUUACCAUGCCUCCUCUCAUGCCAUUCUACCAAUAGGCUUUUGUGAGAAGAACAACAUCCCUCUCACAGUUCCUCAAGGCUAUGACUCAAAGACCUUCACCUGGACAAAAUACCUGCAGGAGACACAAGCUAAAGCUGCACCCCCACAUCUGUUCAACUCUGAGUACCCGGGCCACAGUUUCUCCCUUAACAUGAAGCUGGAGGCAGUGGACCUGAUGGAGCCAGGCCUGGUGUGUGUAGCCACUGUAAAGCGAUGUGUGGGUCGCCUGCUGCUCAUCCACUUUGACGGAUGGGACGAUGAGUUUGACCAGUGGGUUGACAAUCAGUCCCCAGACAUCUACCCUGUUGGCUGGUGUGAGCUCACUGGCUACCAGCUCCAGCCACCUCCAGGACUAGGCACUGAACCACCCAAGGCUACUAGGAAGACUGCAAUUUCAAGUCUCUCCCCAGUUGAUGCAACCGAAAACCAGGCAGCACGAAACAAGAAAACUAAGCCAGCAGUGUUUGGCAAAAAGAAGAAGAAAUAUGCAAAGAAGAGACUGCUCUCUCAGGACCAAGCCAAGGCGGUGGCUGCUCCUGGUGUCUGUGGGACUGACAGACCCCCAGGGCUGGUCGGCCUUGCUGUUCCUCCUAAAGUGCUGCUCAUCCAGCCCAAGACUGAACCAGAAGAGCAGGAGAUCUUUGCAGUGCAGGUCAAAGUGGAGGAGGUGGAGGUGGAGACCCGUAUUGGCCCUCCAGCCAACCCCCCUCUGGUUUCUCUGGGUACAAUCAAACAAGAGGAGGAAGUGAAGAAGACUAAGUUAGAACUAAAGACAGUACCAGAGCAGAGGAACACUGAAAACACAGCAUGUGGAAAGACAGAGGAAAGCUGUACUGCUGAAAGCAACAAUGUUCAAAGUGACAAUGAAGACUGCAGUGAUGUAGAGAGGUCAGAUGCUGAAUGAAGAACAAAGCAGCGCUAUGGAGGAAAAUUUGGAGAGCAACACUGAACAGGACAUAACGGGAGAAACCAGUGGAACGGAGAGAUGAAUGACAUUUGGAGGUGUGACACUGACAACAUGUCAACAUCGGACUAGGAAGCACCAGUGCACCAUGAAACUGGUUAUUUAAGUAUAAUACUAAUAACUUGUAUAUGUUCACUAAAACCAGCUUAUCACAUUAAAAAAUCUACCUCACAUUAUUGGUUAUAGGAUGGGGCUGCACUGAUAUAUUAGCAAACCCUGUUGACUGCCAUCGGUCAUCUGCAAAUAAGACAGUAUUCAUCAGUGGCAUGCAUUUUUCUGUUGUGUUUUAGUUAAUUGUUUCUUUAUAAUGAGAAAGACCUUGUUUACCUGCUAUAAAAAGGAUAACAAAUUACAAUAAAAUCAUUGAUAAUGGCCCAUAAUUUCACAAUUAUUGCAUCCCUGCUUUUGGAAAGUUCCACGACAAAUUAGUCAUUUGGCUAUUUAUGACUGCUUACUACUUGUUUUAGUUAAGUUGAACAGAAUCACAGACAAAUCUUUGUUGUAAUGUUUUAUUUUUUCAUGUUUUCCAUCCAGAUGUGUUUUUUUGUAGCUAUGCCAAUGCUGUUUUUUUCCCCAAAAAAAGUUCAUUUUUUACUUGCUCUGUUGAAUUCCUCCUCCAGAAAAAUGACAGAAACAUCACUGAUACUGGUACUUUGUGUAGCUAUGGUGUAGGGGUUAAAUAUGACUAUUACUUAGCUGCAUUAUAUGAUACAUACUUAAAACAGCUGCUCAGAAGCUAAAAGCUUGUGGUUCUUGGUCUUCAUCAUUGUCUUAAAUGUGAGUGUGAAGCGGGGCAUGGCCGACAAAUGUGUUUGGAUUAAAUGUUUAAAACUGACAGCACUUUGGAGCUACAGCUUUUGAUGGUCAUGAGUCCAAUACUUAUUGAAAGCUGUAAUGUGAAAACACUGGUCCAGGACAGGAGCCAGAAAAAACUUCUGAUUUAAGUGCUUCAAGCCACGUUGUGUCGUUUGGUGCUUUUCUUUGCCACUUCUGGUUUUGUGUUAGUGCUCUGUCUAGAUUUGGAUUUGGCUUGUAGCAUUUUGACCUGCCGGUGGCCAUUGAGGUGCAUCGGUCUGGGUUUGGUCGCUUUGGGUGGCUUAGCCACCUUUGGGAUGAUGGUAGGGGCAGAGGGGAGGCUCUCUCCUCCAGGACACACUUUGAAAAUGUGGACAUCCUUGACCCUGCGACCCUUCAGCUCAGGGGGGUUGGCACAGGUGGCUCGAACCUUUAGGUUGACUUUCUCAAUCCACCUACAUAAAAGAGCAAAUACCAAAUUAUUAAAUUUAAACUGCUGAAACACCGAGAUGCAAAUAAAUUAUACAGGAUUUAAUGAAAUUAUACCCAAUUAUGUUGAUGUUGAACAUCAACAUGGUCUAUAAAAUAGCAAAUGUCUUGGUCCACUUAUUUAAAGAAACCAGCCCAAAUAUUCACAUUUCAGAAGCUGGAAAAUGAAAAUCUUGACUUUGUUUUUGUUUUU